GGAGGAAAGAGAGCUUCCUGUAUUCUUCUUCUUUUUGUUUUUGCCUUCCUCCCUUUUUUGGAGAGGACUUGGGGAACUGUCUCUUUGGCUUUCUCAGCCCUUCCUUGGUUCACAGAGAGAAAUCCCAAAAGGGAGCCCACUUCCUCCUGAUUUAGAAAUGAAGCCGACUUCUGCAUUGCCUAUCAUUCCUGCUUACAGUUCAUUGUAUUACCCAUUGUCCACACCUUCAGAUCCUAACAACACAAUGUCACUGCCUUUCUGAAUGACUGGAUGACUUACAGGCCUCCAAGCCAGUGCCUGUACUGUUUUCUCUGUAACGUAUCUGGUGGGGGGGAAAAGAAGAAAAUUGGGAAACCAUCCCUUCUGAGGUCAAACUAUGUCUGGAAAAGGAGGUGCUGUGGCAGCACUAGACCUCCAAUUUCAGCAUUUCUUUGCUCACAGGUUUUCUGCGGGCAUUAAAACGGAAGAGGCAGAAGCACCCGAUUUGACCUAUAGGGAUUGGAGACCAAGAAGAGAUGGUUGGAAGGGCCACCAUUUUGCCGCCACUGGGGCUGCCAAAGGAUUCCCAAAAUGGCUCCCAUUACAGGUUAAGCAGGAGCCGGAGGAAGGGUUGGCCCAACAUUGGGAAGUCCAGUGGCAAGAGUUUUUGAGGGCACUGCAACCCUCUCAGAUGAUCUGGGAAGAUCCACAGCCACAGUGGGUUGAAAAGAACGCCAGUGAAUUAUCUUUAGUCUCCUUUGAAGGAGAAAUGGAAAACAGCCACUGGCCUACAGCAGAUGGGGCAGCCGCGAUAUCACCAGGUGCCAAUGGAGAAGGUCCCAAAGAUUCUAAGAAUCUGGACACUGGAGAUGAAGAAAAUCACAAGACAGCGAAGGAAGAUGUUCUAGCAGAAGAGGACAUUGGGACUGAGAUCCAGCGUAAGCGGUUCCGGGAUUUCCACUACCGGGAGAUGGAGGGACCCCGUGGGGUUUGCAAUCUACUCCGGGAACUCUGCCGUCAGUGGCUGAAGCCAGAGAGGUCCACCAAGGAGCAGAUCCUAGAGAUGGUGAUCCUGGAGCAGUUCCUGACCAUUUUGCCUCAAGAAAUGCAGAGUUGGGUCAAAGGAGGAGGACCGGAGACUUUGGCCCAAGCAGUGGACCUGGCGGAGGAGUUCCUGCUGAGCCAGGAAGAGUCCAGGGGAUGGGAACGGCAGAUGCUGUCUGAGGCAGAAAAAGAGGGAUCUGCUGGGGACUUCCUGCUUCCUUAUAUUAUCAAACCAAGACAGCCACUGCACAAAGGAAUGAAAGCGGAAACAGUGGACAACGAAGAUUGUGGCUUGCUUGGCUGCAAGAUAGUGAGCGAGGGAAUGGCACCUGUGAUACAUUCUGAGUCAUCUCUUCCUCAUACUACCCUAGUGCCAGCUCAGGUUCAGAUUACUUUUGAGGAAGUGGCUGUACAUUUCACGGAGGCAGAGCAGACCCUCCUGGAUCAAGACCAAAGCUCCUUGUACAGGGAAGUGAUGCUAGAAAAUUACAGAAACAUGGCUGCUUUGGGAUUUUCGAUUCACAAACCGGAUUUGAUCUCCUUGUUGGAAGGAGGAGGAGAGCCAUUCAUCCAGGAUGCUGAAGAAACAGGAAAAGGGAAUAGUGCAGAUGUUGCAGCUACGAGUGACAUUACAGAGGAAAGCCUGCCACAGCAGAAAAGACUUGGACUGAAAGAGACCACUGAGAUAAUCCCAUGGAGAUCCCAGAAAGCGAUGUGUUUGACAGCUCAGGACUGUGAGAAAGGUGAUAGCACAGCCAGUGAGAAUGAGACCAGCGUGACUUCGCAAGAAGUUUCCUCCAAGUCAUCAGGAGGAAUAACUGGUGGAACAUUACCAGAAAUAAAGACACACAACAGCAGCAACACUCAAGAGGAUGCUUCCAUGAAAUCUGAACCCUUUGAUCAGGGCUAUGAAUCCGAUAGGCAGAUGUGGCAGCAGACUGUGAAGAUGUGGGGCAUAUCGAUUCAGAAAGUGGAAAAUGUUGCAGCGGAUAACAUUGGCAUCAUUUGGGCAGGAGAGGAACAUCUCAUGUGUCGCAAAUGUGGACAAUCCUUUGAGCACCAGUCAGGACUUAUUGUGCAUCAGAUGAUUCAUACAGCAGAGAGGCCCUACGAAUGCCUUGAGUGUGGGAAAAGCUUCUGUCAGAGGGAGAACCUGCUUGCACAUCAGAGAAUCCACUUGGGAGAGAGGCCUUAUGAAUGUCUUCAGUGUGGGAAGCACUUCAGCACUCGGUCCCAUCUUAUUACUCACCAGAGAAUACACACAGGUGAGAAGCCAUACAAAUGCCUUCAGUGUGCCAAAAGCUUCAGCAACAAAUCCUCACUUGUCACACACCAGAGAAUCCACACGGGAGAGAAGCCUUAUGAAUGCCCACAAUGUGGGAAAAGUUUUUGUCAGAGUGGGCAGCUGAUCCGACACCAGAGGAUCCACACUGGUGAGAAGCCGUAUGCAUGCCCCCAGUGUGGGAAAUGUUUCUGCCAGAGAGGACAGUUGAUCCGACACCAGCGAAUGCACACGGGGGAGAAACCUUAUGAAUGCCUUCAGUGUGGCAAGAAUUUCAGCAGGAAAUCGUAUCUUGACAUUCACUUGAGAAUGCACACGGGAGAGAAGCCCUAUGAAUGUCUGGAGUGUGGGAAAAGCUUCUGCCAGAGUGCCCAGUUAAUUCGGCACCAGAGAAUCCAUACGGGGGAGAAGCGUUUUGGGUGUUCGGAGUGCGGGAAAAGCUUCUACCAGAAAGAAACACUGAUAAGGCAUCAGGGAACCCACAUGGAAUCAAAACCGCAUGAAUGCUCUGAGUGUAGAAAAACCUUCCCACGGAAAGAUAAGCUCCUACGCCAUCAGAAAACCCACACGAGACUUGAAAUAUUAUGAACGUUGGGUUUUUUUAAAAUUGGUAUCGUAACAAUUUUUUUUUAGUGAACACUCAUUUUGUUUCUCGUUUGAGACACAUGAGAAGAUGACUGUUCUCAUUCAGGUCCUCUCAAAUAUUGCAGUAAAGACAUAUAAGAGAAAGACAGUUGCUUCUUGAUCAUAACCACAGUGGCCAACCGGAAACGUCUGGAAGGUUGCAAGUGUCCCGUGGAAGAUAAUUGCCUUUGCCUUUCAAUUCCUCCAAUUGGCUAGAAAAAUAUUGUGCUAUACAUGAGUCAGAACGGGAAAUCUUAUAACAUACGUUACCUCAACUGGCGUUAGACACAAGGACAGGUGUUUAUCUGUGGUGCAGAUAAAUAAUUUUAGAUUCUGGACUGAACACUCUUAUGAGGGGGAAUCUCCUCUGAAGUUGAGCCUUGUUACAUUGGGAGAUCCUCUUAAUUUAUUCUCCUGAUGGGAGCCUGGACUUGUCCCCUGAAGUCCGGCUCUAAGAACACCGUUGCUUUUCAAGCUAAAACUAAAAGCAGGUGAAAGUAAGUGUAAAAUAUCACACAGACUAGUCUAGGUUGGUUAUGUAGUUGGAGAAUUACAGUAUGCCCUUGCCAUAUGCGGAUGCGCCAUACUCAGCUUUCAGCUUACACUGAAGCUGCGCUGUGGGAAAAACAAUGGUGUGUGUGCUCAUGGUGCAUGUACUGUGCAGCAUUGUAUGCAUAUGCCGCUACAUAAGGGAAGGGCCCACUGUACUUCCAGUAUUUUGCAGUUCGUGGGACUGGUCUGGUGCUGUCCAUGUAAUAUGUAUUCACCCUUGACACAAUCUUUGCCCCCAGUUUUACAUGCAGAAAUGGCUUUCUGUAAGCAUCCUUUGUCCUGAAAUUGUAACCAUACACCUGUAUGUCAAAAAUGUAUCUGUCUAGACUGUGAAGUUUUAAGUGUAAAUUGUUUCCAAGAAAAGGAUUUGCUAGUCUGUUGAAAUGUGGAAGCGUUAGGACUACUGUACUUCGGUUAACUUUCUGCUACUGUCCGGCCCCAUUCCUGUUAAAUGUUCAGUGUAUUUCUGCUCACACUGCUGAUGCUGAUCUCAAUACUGCCACCAUCUCUUUUUUUCCUGCUACAAGUGGUCCACAAAACGCAUUGCGAGUUGGCUUACUGUUUGUUUUAAUGAUAUUAUACUGUCAGGGCUUCCUUGUAUGACAGAUAUGGGCACAGCCAUCCCCCAGCAAGUCAAAACCCUUUUUCAUCUUCAGUCCUUCUCAAAAUGGCAGCAGGAAGUGACAUUGUGCUACUUCCCAUUGCCAUUUUGAGAGGGACUGCAGAGGAAAGGGAAAGUAUUUGCAAGUAGUACGGGGUUCUGUGUUGUUUGUGUGGAGGGCAUUUUUGUGUGUUUUCAUGCAUUUUGGAGACUAUGCAUUGUUUUUUGUGGGUUUCUCGGGUGAUGAGGC